GCAUCAGUGUUCGUUCAGUAUUCGAGGAGGGGGGUUCAAUGGAGAAUUUACUUCUUCUUAGUACUGUCUGUGAAAAAAUUUAUUUGGAGGACAUUGGAAUAUCUGCAGAGAUGAAGAGAAAGCAAGUAAACAUAAAAGAAGUUUUAGAAGGGGUUGGGUCAUUCGAGUUCUGCAGUUGUGCACAGAAAAAAAUGGCAGAGGCGUGUAAUGUUACCGCAAGAGCUGGAGCUUCUCACAGCAAAGGGUUUGAAGACGCUGUCAACUCAAGAAUUAGCGGAGAACUUCAAGAAGUGGAAAGCGACCUUCCAGAUGAUAUUAGAGAUGAUGCUCUCCGAGUUUUCAGGCUGUCUGUUGCAAACAAAAAUACAAUUAAGGACAGCAUAGAAAAGGUUCAGAAAGAAGCUCUUUCUGUAAUAGAAACAAGAUUUAAAGGACAACGGUUUAAGGGGUUUAUUAAGUUUGACUAUGACACGAGCGUGAUAUCCAUCAACGUGAACAAGUUCGGGAACGGAAACGCCCAGUUCUCUGCUGGGGUGGGCACAAAGAAGAUGGUGUGUCCGGACCCAUUCAUGGGUCGACUCUCAGAUCCAAACAUGAAUAGAUAAUCUCCCAGUUCGGAGCAGAACCAUAAUCCAGAAAUUCCUGGAGUACAGCCAUAACCCAGAUAAUCCUGGAGUACAAACCUAAUCCGGAUAAUCCUGGAGUACAACUAUGAACCAGAUAAUCCUGGAGUAUAACCAUCAAUCCAGAUAAUUCCGGAGUACAUCCAUAAUCCAGAUAAUCCUGGAUUACAUCCAUUAUCCAGAUAAUCCUGGAGUACAUCCAUAAUCCAGACAACCCUGUUGUACAUCCAUUAGUCCAGUGACUAUAAACAUUUAACUUACACUUACAUACACAUAAUUACUUUCUAAUCCUUGAAAUAGUGAAUUAAGUAUUUUAGUUAAAAAAGGAGAGGGUGCGGUGUUUUUCAUUUAGGGUUUCAACAACAUCCGGCAGCUCAAAGAUUUUUAUUUGCAUUAAACCCAAGGUUGUAUGGUAAGGUUGGUUACUCCCCUAAGAAUAGUGUACCAGGCAAGGUUUCGUAAUAAGGGUGGUUACUCUCAGUGCGCUCCAAUUACAAUGAACGGAAAAUGUCGUCUCCUAAGAUUGACAGAUUAAAAAAACCUAAAAUGACGUCACUGAUUAUAGAGGCAAGAGUGACCUCACAUGAGGUUUUUAAUCUAUCUAUCUUAGGAGACGACAUUUUCCGUACAUUGGAGUGGAUCGAAAGUAACCAACCUUAUUACACAACCUUGAUCUAUAAAAAUAAUAUCUUUAUAAUUCGUAAUUCUCUUCAAUAUUUAAUUCCAAGCUUUUGCCGUAUUUCUUAAACAUGAAUCCUGAAAAAAAUGAGGAUAUAUAAAAUUUAUUGCCAAUUGCCAAUUAUGCUAUAAGAGCAAUCAAUUCUCUAAAGUUCGUUAUUUAAUUUCCCAUUUAAUUCUGUGUCAUUAAUAAUCAUUAUCUUUUAUUUAGUGUUAAAGUUCCUGGAAUAUAUGUUUCUU